AUAUGAUGCACCCGAGGUAUUCCAAUGCGAAUGGCAAGCCCACGAGUUGAGGAUAAAUGCUAUAAAUCAUCGAGAAUCGAAGUGUAGAUAAAAAUGAAUCGGUAUAUAACGUUAAAUCAAUUAGGCGAUGGAACCUUUGGUUCCGUCGUGCUCGGAGAACGUAUCGACACUGGCGAGAAAGUUGCUAUAAAAAGAAUGAAGCGGAAAUACUAUUCCUGGGAGGAAGCGAUGAACCUGCGCGAAGUUAAAUCCUUGAAGAAACUUAGUCACGCGAAUGUAGUUAAGUUAAAGGAAGUGAUUCGUGAAAACGACGUGUUGUACUUCGUCUUCGAAUACAUGAAAGAGAAUCUUUAUCAAUUAAUGAAAGACAG